AUGAUAAAGGUCGGAGAGGCGGCAAAAAUCCUCGUCUACAGUCCCACAAUCAGCAAGAGCCACAUGCAAAUGAAUUCGCGGAUAGCUGACGCCCUUGCGAGAGAUGGGCAUAACGUGGUGAGUUGGGUUUUUUUUACUUUUUCUUAUUUUAGGUACCUUUGAAGUAUAAGAUGAAUUUUAUGUUAGAAAAGUGCGGCAGCCUUUUGAAAGAAGAGAAUGUUAUAAAAGAACAAGUGUUAUUUUCUUUUCGAUCUUUGAUUCGAAACAUUUGACAUAAAAAUAGCGUUUUUUGGAUGAAGUAUAAACUAUCCGGAACACUAUAAUUUUUCACCGAUUUUAGACAAUUCUUGAUGUCGAAUACAUGGUCAAACCUCAAGAUGUGAACUACACAAAAUUAGCGAAUAGAAAAAUCAUAAAUCUCGAAAAUAUGGACGAUUUAUCAAUAGUAGACAUGAAGAAGAUAACCCAGUCCUCAUUUGAGCCCAUUGAUGCGGUAAAACAUUACGACUUUAUUGUGCAAUACGAAAAGAAGUUCCACGAAUAUUGUGUGAGUAAGUGGAGUUGUUUUUUGCUUUCAUUUCUUUUAUUUUUUGUGUAAAACAAUAUAAUUUUGAACUAAUUUUUAGAGCACGUGAAAAGCGGCUUGGUACAUGAGUACAUCAAGAAAAACGAGUUUGAUUUGGUAAUUAACGAACAUGUGGAUUACUGCGGAACAGCGAUGAGUUACAUUUCGGGGAUCAGGACGAAUAUUCUUUUGUCCACGUAGGUACCUAAAUUAAUAUUUAUUUUUUGGUUUUGAAAUUUAGAUGCCCACUAUUUGAGCAUACGGCAUCGUUGAUUGGGGUUCCAACGCCAGUCAGUUACGUUCCAAGCUUCAGUUAUAUGCAGAUUGGUGACAAAUUGACCUUCAAUCAGCGGGUGGAUAACAUAAUCGCAUAUAUUUCAAGUUAUUUUGGGUUGCGUCAGGGGUCAAUAUUGGUGAACAAAGCCUUUAAAGACCAUUUCGGGUGAGUUCAAACUGUUUUGUAGAGAUUUUCAUCUUUUUUUCACAAUUUUUGUCAUGUGUAAUAUAAAUUUUUUUUGCGUCAUUUUUUAUUUUAAAUCUUGUUUUUAGACCCAAAUACAAUGUGGAUGUUGAUGACAUUGUCGCGGACUCUCCAUUGACUCUAAUUUACGCCGACGAAUUUAUCGAUUUCCCUCGGCCCACCUUGCCGAACAUGGUGUAUAUCGGAGCGAUGGGACUGCUGGAUGGCAAUGGAAAUCAGGUCAAUGAAAAGUUUGAUGAGCUCCUAAGCCCUGGAGCUAAAGGUAGGCGAAGAUUUGAGGGUUGAUUUGGUGUUUAGAUAUCAUUUAUUUCUCUUUGGGAUCAAUCACAACAACAAAAUAUUUGCCCGAAGCCUUCACGGCGAACAUCAUCAAGGCCAUGGAAUCGUUGCCGCAGUUUCAAUUCAUCUACAAAAUCGACCCUGGCGACGAAAAAUCGAAGAGUAUGGCGAAGAAAAAUUCGAACAUUUUCUUCACUCAUUGGGCUCCGCAGACGAAAAUUUUGGAGAGCCCGAAAACGAAAUUAUUCGUCUCACAUGGCGGAUACAACUCGAUCAUUGAGUCAGCGUACUAUGGAGUACCCACUCUGGUCAUGGGGUCGCACAUCGACCAACAUCGGAAUGGAAAAUUGGCCGAGAGAAACGGCUGGGGGUCCACGGUGGACAAGGUGGAAGUGAUGAAGGAAAAUGGUCAUGAGGUGUUCAGAAAGGCGAUGUUGACGGUGAUCCAUGAAGAACGGUGAGAAUUGAGGGGUCUGGAGGCUGAAUAGAGGGGAUUUUUAGUGGAAAUUCUUUUUGUUAUAUCAGAUUUUGGAUUAUAUUAUUCAUGAGUAGCUGAUGUCAAAAAAAGAUUAAAAGAAUGAUAAUGCUUUUUGAUUUUGAACUUGAUAUGUAGUUUGUAUGAACUGAUGAGCUAUAAGUGAUAUUUUGAAUGCAAAAUUGUCCGAUUUUUUACCGGAAAUUUUCGGAAAAUGACGUUUUUUCGAAUUUUCACUUGAUCUUGAUGACUUUUGAAAAAAUUAAGUUUAAAAUUUUUUCUAACGAGUUUUAAAGCUGUUAUACUUUAAUUCUGAACCUAUGUUUCUUCAGAUUCCGAAAUAACGCCACCAGAAUCAAAGCCAUCAUGAAGAACCGACCCCAACUUGCAAUCGAACGCCUCACCUCCAUGAUUAAUAUGGUGGUGAUAGGGAACGGAAGUCUCUACGAACUGCAGCCUCAUGGCCGCAAACUGAGCCUCGUUACCUAUUACAACCUUGACAUAAUCUUUGUGGCAGUAAUAACACUGAGUUUUGUGGUCUCUUUUAUCUUUUGGUUCAUGUAUAAGGUCGUCAAAGCGUCAUAUAAGAUUUAUUCGUGGAGUAAGCAGCUCAAAAUGAAAGCAGAAUAA